AUGUCAGUCAUGAAGCCCUAUUUAAUGACCAUUUCCAUCCUUCUGAUCCUGGUUCAUAAGACUCCAGGUGGCCUGUUCAGAUCCUUCUUUGGCAAGAGCAAGGAGCCUUGGAUUCCAUGCCAACUUUACCAUGGCGUGUGCAGAAAUGCCUGCAGAAAACAAGAAAUUCAGUACUUAACCUGCCCCAAUGAUCAAAAGUGCUGCCUGAAAUUUUCUGAGAAAAUAACCAGUUCUAACCAUGUGAAGGAGAACUCCAACUCCAAUGCCAACCUGUCAGUUACAAACACUUAACGCUACUCUGAAAUUUGAAUAUCACCAACCUCACCCCCUCCUGGAGCAAUUCCUCCCCCAU